AUGUGUGGCUCAUACGCAUUUAACAUACUGUUUAGUGUCAUAUUUAUGGUUGUUCUCUUUGGUUGUCUAUGUGAGGUGAGACAGCAUAUAGAUGUUUUAAUCAUCAAUGGUAUUGGUCCAAAUAUUCAAUUGGGACUACACUGCAAAUCAAAGCACAAAGAUCUCGGAUUACAAUCAUUAGCCCCGUAUAAAAGCUGGAGAUUUAGAGAAGCUAUGAAUUUUUGGAAAACAACUUUGUUUUUUUGUCACUUUGAAUGGGAAAGUGAGUCUAAAUGGUUUGAUAUUCUAUUAACUAAGAGAAAUAAAAAUGCAUGUAAAUAUUAUACGUGUCAAUGGUAUAUAACCCCUGAUGGUCCAUGUAGAUUCACAGAACACACAGAAUGUUAUCCUUGGAAUGCUAACAUUUGA